AUUAAAACCAGACAUUUAACACACUCUUAACUACCCACUCAAAUACUUCUCUCUUUUAAUAAUUCAUAUAUAUAACAUGUCAGGCUCUCCUGUGUCUGUAUCCUCAUAAGAAGAAUAUAUGGUUGAAGCUAUUACCAAUAAAAGAGUUAAGAAUGGUCGUACUGAAUAUGAAGUUAAAUGGUAAGGUUAUUCUGAUAAUGAAAAAACUUGGGAACCUAUUGAAAAUCUAUAAUCUGUUAUGACUUAUGUCUUAGAUUUUGAAUCAUCACUCAAAAAUAAACCAUAAGAAGUUGGAGAAGGUUCUUAUGAUGAUGGUGAUUCGGCAGAUGAAAUUAUCUAAAUUAGAAAAGAUAAUGAUGGAUAAAAUCUACUAUUCCAAGUCUCAUGGAAAUAAAAAAAUAAUAGACUUCCCAAAGUAUCUUGGAUUAAUCAGAAUUCGAUCAAAAUGCACAAUCCAGAAAUCCUUAUCGAUUAUUUAUUGAAGAAGAUCAAGUGGCCCAACAAUAAAUGA